AUGGGACUUCAUGAGUGCAUGAGUCAUUUUGUUCUUGUUCUUGUACUAUCUUGGCUCUUGUCAAGUGUCUGUCUUGCUCAGGAAAGAGCUUUCUUUUUCGGCAACCUCAGUGAUUCCGAGACGAUAGUCUCCAGCUUUCGCACGUUCAGGUUCGGUUUCUUCAGCCCUGUUAAUUCCACAAGUAAGUAUGCGGGUAUAUGGUACAACAGCAUUCCUGUACAAACUGUGAUAUGGGUUGCUAACAAAGAUAUGCCGAUCAAUGACUCCUCUGGCGUUAUUUCGGUAUCUGAAGAUGGAAACCUCCUGGUCACGGAUGGUCAGAGGCGUGUUCUGUGGUCAACUAACGUCUCUACUCAAGUCCGAGGCAAUUCUAGUACUGUCGCAGAGCUUUUGGAUUCCGGGAACCUUGUGCUAAAAGAUACAAAUAACGAUGCAUAUCUUUGGGAGAGUUUCAGGUAUCCCACUGAUUCUUGGUUGCCAAAUAUGUUGGUUGGGACAAACGCAAGAAACGGAGGAGGGAACAUCACAAUAACUUCUUGGAAAACCCCUUCAGAUCCUUCGCCCGGGAGCUACACUGCUGAACUAGUUCUUGCUGCAUAUCCAGAGCUCUUCAUUUUGAACAACAGUAAUAGUAAUGCUACGGUGUGGCGCAGUGGCCCGUGGAACGGCCAGAUGUUUAACGGUUUACCAGAUGUGUAUGCGCACUUUCUCUACAAAUUCAUAGUUAAUGAUGAUACCAGUGGAUCAGUCACCAUGUCAUAUGCUAAUGAUUCGACUUUAAGAUACUUCUACAUGGAUUAUAGAGGAUCCGUGAUCCGGAGAGAUUGGAGUGAGGCUAGGAGAAACUGGACGGUCGGGUUACAAGUUCCUGCAACCGAGUGUGAUAUUUACGGAAGAUGUGGCCAAUUUGCUACCUGCAAUCCCCUGAAAACGCCACCUUGUUCUUGCAUUAGAGGGUUCAAGCCAAGGAACCUCAUAGAGUGGAACAAUGGAAACUGGAGUGGUGGAUGCAUAAGAAGGGUCCCUUUGCAGUGUGAAAGACAGAACAAUAAUAGGAGUGCUGAUGGGUUUGCGAGGCUGAGGCGAAUGAAAUUGCCUGACUUCGCAAGAAGAUCCGAAGCUAGUGAACCAGAAUGCUUAAGGACUUGUUUACAGACAUGUUCUUGUAUAGCUUGUGCACAUGGCUUAGGUUAUGCUUGCAUGAUUUGGAAUGGAAGCUUAGUUGAUUCGCAGGUGUUGCCUGCUAGUGGAAUGGAUCUUUAUAUCCGUCUUGCACAUUCCGAAAUCAAAAAGCCGGACAGACUACCGGUUAUAAUCGGUACAUCAUUAGCAGGCGGUAUUAUUGUUCUGGCAGCUUGUGGUCUUUUGGCGCGACGGAUUGUCAUGAAGAAAAGAGGGCGAAAGGAAGGAACAGAUGCAGAGCAGAUUUUUGAGAGAGUAGAAGCUUUAGCUGGUGGUAAUAAAGGAAAGUUGAAAGAGCUACCGUUGUUUGAGUUUCAAGUGUUAGCUGCAGCGACUGAUAAUUUCUCUCUGACAAAUAAGCUCGGACAAGGCGGUUUUGGUCCUGUUUACAAAGGUAAGUUGCAAGAAGGGCAAGAAAUUGCUGUGAAGAGACUGUCACGAGCAUCUGUGCAAGGGCUUGAGGAACUUGUUAAUGAAGUAGUUGUGAUUUCUAAGUUGCAACACCGGAAUCUGGUGAAAUUACUUGGUUGCUGCAUUGCAGGAGAAGAGAGGAUAUUAGUCUAUGAGUUCAUGCCCAAGAAAAGCUUAGACUUUUACCUAUUUGACCCAACCAAGGCAAAACUUCUUGAUUGGAAGACUCGGCUGAACAUUAUCAAUGGAAUAUGUAGAGGUCUUCUGUACCUUCACAGAGAUUCUAGGCUGAGAAUCAUUCACAGAGAUCUAAAAGCCGGCAACAUCUUGUUAGAUGAGAAUCUGAUCCCGAAAAUAUCUGAUUUCGGGUUGGCCAGGAUUUUCCCAGGGGAUGAAGAUGAAGCAAACACCAUAAGGGUCGUUGGAACAUACGGUUAUAUGUCACCAGAAUAUGCAAUGGGAGGACUGUUUUCAGAGAAAUCUGAUGUUUUCAGCUUAGGAGUGAUACUCUUAGAGAUUGUCAGUGGAAGAAGAAACUCAAAUUCGCCUCUUUUAGCUAAUGCAUGGUCAAUGUGGAACGAUGGGGAGAUAAAUGGUCUGGUAGAUCCUGUGAUCUUUGACCAAGUCUAUGAGAAAGAAAUACAGAAAUGCGUUCACAUUGGGCUUUUGUGUGUGCAAGAAUAUGCUAACGAUAGACCAAGUGUUGCUACAGUGUGUUCGAUGCUCAGCAGCGAGAUUGCAGACAUUCCAGAACCGAAACAGUCUGCUUUUAUAUCAAGGAAUGCUUUUAUACCAAGGACCGGUGUUUCAGAAGCUGAGUCCUCUGAGAACAGUGACCGUAAAGCCUCUAUCAUCGAUGUCACUAUCACUGAUGUCACAGGACGUUAA